GGGGCUGCAGCCGGGGCGGAGCCUUUGGCAGGGAUUGCGGGGGCGGGACGCAGCGGACCCGAGUGAGACCCAGGAGACUAGCCUGGCCACAGAGACAACGUUGAGGUCCAGACAGGAUUAUUCAAGAUCAGGUUGUAGCCAUUUUCAACAAGGAUCACUGAUCAAAAUUGUUCUUUUUACAAAGAGAUUUACAAGUUAAACAUGAAGGGAAAAUACUGGAAUCGUUUGGAUUCUGACAGGAUAAAGAAUACAAUAUUUCACAUUUACUUGUAAUGGAACCUUUGUAAGAUUAAUCACUUGUCAUUCACCCAGUUGGGAACAUGGAUGUUGGCUUUUCUCGUACUGCUGUUCAGACACUGUCAAGAAGCCACUGCAAAAAUAUCAAACAAAAAAUUUCUCAAUGGGAAGGAAGGGCUAAUAUAUCUAAUCCAGAAAAGUGGCGUCCAAAGGACUUUGGAGUGAGAUAUAACUGUCACCAAGAGAUCCUUCCUAAGAAAAAUCCUAUAGCUGAGAGAAAGAGCAAAAACUUGGAUGUAACCAGCUGUGAGAAUGUAGGUCUAGAUAUAAAUGAAGAUACCAAAAGCCAUGAACAAAGUGAGAAUGAAAAUAAGAAACAGGAAUAUGAUGAUACACACUUCUUUAAAAAUGAAUCAGAAUCCAACUGGGUGUGUUCUCGGGUCAAAGAAAUUGAAAGCUGUAAAGAAGAUGUCUUAGAUCCAGAGACUUCAUUACCUCCAGGAAACUUCUAUACCUCACAAAUACUGUGGAAGAAAAUAGAAGCACUUCCCCCAGAUAAACUCUUAAAUUUGGCUUUAGAACAUUGUGACUCUUCAGAAAAAGAACUGAACUUCAGAGUUCUGGAUAGUUCAUACGGAAUAACCAAGAGCUUAGAAAAUAUUUACUCUGAGCCUGAGGGGCAAGAAUGUGGACCUUCCAUAAAUCCUUUGCCAAAACCUCGUAGGACAUUCAGAUAUUUAUCCGAAUCUGGUGUUAUGCCGUAUAAAGAAAGAAACUGUGACAAAAAAUACUGUGAAAAUAAUUCUUGUGCACAAUCUUCUUUGGCCUCUUCUCAGGAACCUGAACCAAAGAAAUAUGGUGGAAAAAUAAGAGGAAGAUCUAAAAGGAAAUCCUUUGAAUUUGAGGAUAUUCAGCACUUUCGAAAUCGGAACUCACAGAUGAUUCAUGAAGAACUUGGAAAAAAUUCUGGGUCAGCACUUUAUUACACACAGUCUGAGGACAAUAUCUAUGAAGAUAUCAUAUAUCCCACCAAAGAAAAUCCAUAUGAAGAUAUUCCAGUGCAGCCUUUACCUAUGUGGAGAUCCCCUUCAGCAUGGAAGCUACCACCCGCUAAAAGUGCUUUUAAAGCGCCCAAGCUCCCUCCCAAACCUCAAUUCCUUCACCGGAAGACUAUGGAAGUAAAGAACUCACAAGCUUAUUUGCGGUCAAAGCUCACAAAAGAUACCACUUUGCCGGUCACUUUAACGGAAUGGAAGCUUUUCCGAGCUGGUGAAGUUGCAAACAGGAAAAUGAAAAAUCUUCCAAGGCUUGUAUUGAAAAUAGAUGACAUAUUCGAAUCUAAAAGAGGGAAGAAGAAGGUAAAGUUACAUACUUACACUGGAAAGGAAUUACCUCCAACAAAAGGUGAAACCAGUGGGAAUGAAAGUGAUGCCGAGUAUCUGCCAAAGAAUCGCCAUAAACGCUUAGCACAACUGCAACAGUCUUCCAAGAGGAAUCCUCACUACCAGACCUUGGAGCGGGAUCUUAUUGAAUUACAGGAGCAGCAGCUGUUUGAACUUUUUGUGGUGGUGUCUCUACAGAAGAAACCAUCAGGAAUAAGCUAUAUUCCCCAGGUCAUACAACAAUUCCCUGGCAAGGACGAUCAUGGCUAUAAGCAGUCCAAAGACACGGAAGAGAGGCUUAAAGUUAUCCCAAAAUUUUGUUUUCCUGAUUCAAAGGACUGGAUGCCAACCUCAGAACUCAAGAGUGAAACAUUCUCCUUUGUCUUGACUGGUGAAGAUGGAAGCCGGUGGUUUGGUUACUGUAAGAAGCUCUUGCCAGAAGGCAAAGGAAAGCGACUCCCUGAGGUAUACUGCAUGGUUAGUCGCCUAGGCUGCUUCAAUCUUUUUUCAAAGAUUCUGGAUGAAGUAGAGAAGAGAAGAGAAAUGUCUCCAGCCCUUGUUUACCCAUUCAUGCGAAGUGUCAUAGAAGCUCCUUUCCCAGCUCCUGGACGCACCAUCACAGUUAAGAGUUACCUCCCUGGGGCUGGAGAUGAGUCCAUUGAACUCUGCCGACCACUAGAUUCCCGAUUGGAACAUGUUGAUUUUGAAUGUCUCUUUAAGUGCCUGAGUGUAUGUCAUCUCAUCCGCGUCUGUGCCUCGCUCCUUUUGGAGCGUAGGGUAAUCUUUGUUGCUGACAGCCUAAGCACCCUGUCAAAAUGUGGCCAUGCUGUGGUAGCUACACUGUAUCCGUUCACCUGGCAGCAUACCUACAUCCCAGUCCUGCCAGCAUCUAUGAUUGACAUUGUCUGCUCACCUACUCCAUUCCUUAUUGGAAUCCUGUCUUGCUGCUUACCACAGCUCCAGGACCUACCCAUUGAAGAGGUGCUGAUAGUUGAUCUCUGUGCAGACAAGUUCUUACAGGAGGUAUCUGAUGAGGAUGAAAUUCUACCACCAAAACUUCAAGCUGCCCUGAUGCAGAUUUUGAAAGAAAGAAAUGAAAUCUUGACUCAGGAGCAGAAUUUUUCACAAGAUGUGACACUCAACUCUCUGGUGUCCGAAGCAUUUGUCAGGUUUUUUGUGGAGUUAGUAGGACAUUAUUCUUUGAACAUGACUGUCACGGAGCGUGGGGAGCGUGUUUUCCAAAGGGAACCAUUCCGUAAGUCCCACACCUCCCGAAGUGUACGCCACUUCCUGGAUCUCUUCAUGGAGACUCAGAUGUUUGCAGGAUUCAUCCAGGACCGAGAGCUCCGGAAAAGUGGAGUUAAAGGUUUGUUUGAGGUCCGGGCCAUCCAGUAUUUGGAAACAAUUCCUGAGUCAGAGCCCAGUGGGAUGAAUAGAAUUUUGCGGAGUCUUGGAAGUAAAAUGAAAUUUCUGCAGAAGAAAUGAAACCUCUGAUUGUCUCCAUCCUGAAUAUACAACAGAAAGUGCCAAAGAAAAUAUUUUUCCAAGGGUCAGGAUCCCAUGAAGUAUUCUACAAAAUUCUUGAAAUUUUAAAAGGUUAAAGAGCGAGUCAGGCUGUCGGAGGAGGAUUCUCCUGUUGCUGCUGUAGUAAUCACUGGAGAAUUGUUGGGAAUGGUCUGGAACCAAUGCCAUCUUUACUCUGUCUCCAUUUUUUUUUUUAAUAGCAGCCUUUUCUAUGUAAUUCUUGGGCUCAUUCUCUGUUUUGUGCUUCAUCUAUGAAAGUAGUUGUCUUUCACAAGGAAAAGCCUUGUUGUUACAUUUUAAAAAAUAGCCCAAAGAUGAGAAUAAUGAGAGAAAUGCUGAGUUUAACAUAGAAGAGAGACACGAUGGAAAUGGAGAACACUGGCCUUAUAUGCAUAAUUCUCAUCACUGAACUAUCAUGUCAGCUUUAAAUCCAUGGGCUGUUUGACCUGGGCAAAGGAAUAGACUCAUCACAUAUCUCCAUUAUUUUGCCUUAUAUUGUAUCUAGGGGAAUCUCAGGAGGAAGCCCUACUUGUAAUAUUAUAAAGUACUGUUAUUAAGUACCUUAUAAAAUUAGACAUCUUGCAACUCCUGCUCCAAAUUGUGUAGCAUUUGAGUAGCUUGCUUGUCCCUCACAUGUCAACAUUAAACUUUGUGAAGUCUGGAUCCAGUGGCUCACGCCUGUAAUCUCCACCACUUUGGGAGGCUAAGGCAGGAGUUUGAGGGUAGGAGUUUGGGACCAGCCUGGGCAACAUAGCAAGAUCCUAUCUCUACAAAAACAUUUUAAAAAUAAGUAAAUAAAUUUAAACUUUGUGGAAUUAUAACUAUUAUGAAAAUGUCCUCUCAAGGGCAUGGGAGCCACCUUUAUUUUUUAGUGUCCACCACGUGCCAUGCACUGUGGUAUAUGUAUGCAUAUCAUCUCAACCAAUCCUUAAAUCAACCUUAUGAGAUAGAUAUUUAUAUCUCCAUUUUACUAAUAAAGAAACUAAGGCUGGGUGCUGUUACGUCUGUAAUCCCAGCACUAUGGGAGGCCAAGGCAGGUGGA